ACUCGAUUAGUCGCUUGCGCCGCUGUUGCGUGGGGUCCUUCGCGGCAGGCCGGAAGAGACCGCCCUGCGCAUGCUCUUUCCUUUCCAGCUCUUGGGCUUACUCUUACCGCCACGAUGUUGAUGCCCAAGAAGAACCGAAUUGCCAUCUACGAACUCCUUUUUAAGGAGGGAGUGAUGGUGGCCAAGAAAGAUGUUCACAUGCCUAAACACCCAGAGCUGGCAGACAAGAAUGUACCCAACCUCCAUGUAAUGAAAGCCAUGCAGUCACUGAAAUCCCGUGGCUACGUUAAGGAACAGUUUGCUUGGAGGCACUUUUAUUGGUAUCUGACUAAUGAGGGUAUCCAAUAUUUGCGCGAUUAUCUUCAUCUACCCCCUGAGAUUGUGCCUGCCACACUGCGCCGUAGCCGCCCUGAGACUGGCAGACCGCGGCCCAAAGGUCUGGAAGGUGAACGCCCUGCUCGUCUUACUCGGGGAGAGGCUGACAGAGAUACCUACAGGCGCAGUACCGCUCCACCUGGUUCUGACAAAAAAGCUGAGGCUGGGGCUGGAGCAGCUACUGAAUUCCAAUUUGUGCUAUUGGUGAGCAGUAGUCGCCAUCCAGAUAGAUGGAUUGUCCCAGGCGGGGGUAUGGAACCUGAGGAGGAACCCAGUGUGGCUGCUGUGCGGGAAGUCUGUGAAGAGGCUGGAGUGAAAGGGACGUUAGGAAGAUUAGUAGGAAUUUUUGAGAAUCAGGACAGGAAACACAGAACGUAUGUUUAUGUACUCAUCGUCACAGAAGUGUUAGAAGACUGGGAGGACUCUGUCAAUAUUGGAAGGAAAAGGGAAUGGUUUAAGAUAGAAGACGCUGUAAAAGUUCUGCAGUACCACAAACCAGUGCAGGCCUCAUACUUUCAAACCUUGAGACAAGGCUGUUUGGCAAAUAACGGCACUCCUGUCAUGACCGCUUCAUACUCUGACUCUAAUGAGAGCUCUGUGUCUGACAUCAGAUGACUGAAGACGUCCCUAUAAAAGAGAGAUUUUUGGAAUAUAGACUGAAAUGUGGAUUUCCCUCUUCUUUCUCCUACCCCCUUUCACAUGCCUCCUCUGAACAAGGCAUGGGCAGCAGCCUGUGGCAAAGCAAGUGUUAAGAAUGUUGCAGUUUAGUGCAAGGUGGGGUUUUUUGCUUUUUCUGGAUAUGUAUUUUGUAAAAUACAUUUUGUGCAUGAGGUGCCCCUUUCCUUUUACACCGCUACCAUGGCCUGGAGAGUGACGCUGCUUGUUUUGCCUCUGCCUUGUGUUCUGAAGUGUUCCCGUAUGUGUCAUCCCGGCCAUAGCCAGAUAUUUUUCUUUUUUAAAUUAAAGACUGCAAAUGUGAGAUCAAUUCUUUAAGUCUUAGUCUGUACUGUAAGGUGCUGUUCAGACCUGUGGUGGUCACUUUCAGCGCAUAUGUAUAAACUUUUUUUUUAAUGGAGGAAUCUAACUUUUUAAUUUUGCAGGAUUUUUUUAAAACCUGGACUACUUGUGAAAAGAGGGUUUCAUAAUCGGUUUGCCUUGUUUUUUUAAAUACAAAACUGUUUGUGACCAU